UUCACUCGCACGUUAGGAGGCUCGGGCCGUUGCCGCGUUCCGAUUUUCCGUCUGCGUCAGGGACUUGCCCGGCUCCGUGGCCGCCAUGGCGUCGGACGAGGGCAAGCUGUUCGUGGGCGGCCUGAGCUUCGACACCAACGAGCGGUCCCUGGAGCAGGUGUUCUCCAAGUACGGGCAGAUCGCGGAAGUGGUGGUCGUGAAAGACCGGGAGACGCAGCGCUCGCGGGGCUUCGGCUUCGUCACCUUCGAGAACAUCGACGACGCCAAGGACGCCAUGAUGGCCAUGAACGGCAAGUCCGUGGACGGGCGGCAGAUCCGCGUGGACCAGGCCGGCAAGGCGGCGGACGGCCGCUCCCGAGGGUACCGAGGAGGCCCCGCCGGGGGCCGGGGCUUCUUCCGCGGGGGCCGGGCGCGCGGCCGCGGGUCGUCCAGAGGAGGCGGGGACCGCGGCUACGGGGGCAGCCGGUUCGAGUCCCGGAGCGGGGGCUACGGAGGCUCGAGGGACUACUACAGCAGCCGGAGCCAGGGCGGCGGCUACGGGGACCGGAGCUCGGGCGGCUCCUACAGAGACGGCUACGACAGCUACGCUGCCCACGAGUAAAGUCCUGCUCAAGACGUCCCGCCCGUGGCUGUGGAGGAUUGCGGGAGCCCCGCCCAGCCGUCCUGUGUGGCGCAUGCACCUCCUGUGCGCACCGCGGCGGCCGCGUCGGCUCCGCUGGCCCCGGACCGGCUCUGCGGGGCCGCGGCUUUGCUGGCCGCCCUGGGCCGUGGCCGGUUUUUUUCCUCCAGAAACAGCCGGGGUUGUGUGGGUUUCCGGUUCUCGCUUCCUCGAGUUUUGCUUUUUGGUUUUUGUUUUUGGGAUUUUGUACGGCCCUCUGCUCCUUUGGAACGCGGCGUCCACUCUGAGGCCAGCUGGCUGCGGCUUUCCCAGCCCCGUGGAGUGUGGCGUGGUGGACGCCACGCGGGGCGGCCCCCGUGGGGCUCUGAAGACUGUGCUGCGGCCCCUGUGCGCGCCCGGCGCUGGCCUGCGGCGGCCGUGAACUUGUACGCGGUUCCCCUGGCUCACGAGCCGAUUAAAGCCCGUGUGACACCACCUCCGUUGCUCCCUCUGAUUGCGCGCGGGGCCAGAGCGGGGCGGGCCAGGGCAGGGCCUGCGGAGUGGCCGCGCCCGGGGCAGGGCCGGCCCAGUGGCAUCCUGGCGACCUUGGGUGCCCGCAGGGGCUCUGCCGGCGCGCCCUCCGCCAGCCCACGGACGCCGCAGCCUGGAGGACGGAGCCGCGCGCCCUGGCUGGCUCCCGUGGACCCGGCCCUGUAGCUCUAGGUAACCGUUCGCCAAGCCCCCUGAAGCAGCGCCCCGGGGGCUUCCUGUGGCUGGUUAUCGCUUUGCCUUUUCCUUUUUUUCUUUUUUUCUUUUUUUCAAUUUUUUAAAUGAAGCCAGCAUGGAGUCUGGCCCGGCUGUCGCCCUCCCCCUCCCCCGCUAGCAGCCAGGGCGGCGGCCGGGACGCGGUGACCCGGAAGAGCGUUGGAGACCCGAACCUGGCUCUCGGGUCUUUGUUCGUGGACUGAGGGUCUUCCAGGCUGGGCCGAGCUCUCAGGCCUGUGGACACCACUCGAGUUCUAGCGCCCACACCAGUCUCAGCAGCCCCGGCCCAGUGGGCGGCGCUGGCCCUGGCCACGCCCUCCCAGGCCCGGUCCAGGCUCGACCCUGUGGGAGCCGUGGGCGGUGGUGGGCCGGGCCGCUGCGGAUUGGGGCCGGGGGUCACGG